AAAGAAAAGCUGUAAUGUUCAUUAAUACAUACCAAUAGCAAACUUGCCAAGCUGUAUCUGCAACUUUGUUUCUAAAAAAAUUUCAAACUGAUAAUUGAUAAUUUAAAGUACUUUUAAAGCCUCAUAAUGAUUCUGGUUAGUUUUUCUAACAUGCAGGUUAUAUUAGACUCAUAAUUUUUAUACUAGUAAAUUGAAUGAAGGAAAGAAAUAACGUCGUCUUUGCAUUUAAGAAAUCAGCUUCAACACACUGUCGAUCUGUAACCUUCUUAUCUCGCUUUGUUUAAACCAUCGAGCCAACCUGCGAUGCUUGAUAAACAAAGUGACGCAAUGAACAGAAUCUCACCAAAAGGACAUGUUGCCAUUCUUGCAUUUCCGUUUGGCUGCCACGCAAAGCCUGUGCUUAACUUGGUGUGCAAGCUUGCGAAAGCUGCCCCAAACACGCGCUUUUCUUUCUUCAACACAUUGAAAUCUAACGACUCGCUGUUCUCAGAAUCAAAAUCCGAGAUUUUGGAUAACAUAAUACCCUACAAUGUAUCAGAUGGUGUUCCAACAAAUCAUGUCUUAACAGGAAACCCGCUAGAGGCAGUGGACCUUUUUCUCAAGGCGGCGCCUGAAAACUUCAAAACCUGCAUUGAAAAGGCAAUGGCAGACACAAGCACGCAGAUCAGUUGUCUAAUAACAGAUGGAUUCUUGGUCUUUGGUAGCCAGAUGGCUGAGAAUUUGGAUGUUCCAUGGAUUCCAAUUUGGAUACCCUUACCUUGCACCCUGUCUGCUCAUAUUUACACUGACGUUAUCCGCCAUUUAUAUGCAAAUGAUGGUGUUGAUGGUCAAGGCAAAACCCUAGAAGUCAUUCCGGGUUUGUCUACAAUGCGCAUCGAGGACUUACCAGAAGAAGUACUUCCCAGUGAAUCUCUAUUCUCGCACACGCUCAGACGAAUUGGACUAGUCCUACCACAGUCCACAGCCGUUGUCAUGAAUUUCUAUCAAGAACUAAACCCCACGCUCCUUGAAAAUGAUCUCAAAUCCAAGUUGCCCAAGUUGCUGAAUGUAGGUUUUCUCUCCCUUUCAUUACCACUACCGCCAUUGCCACCAUCAGAAUCCGAUGCCACAGGCUGCCUUUCGUGGUUGGACGAGCAACGAGCUUCGUCUGUGGUGUAUAUCAGUUUCGGAACUGUGGGAGCUCCAUCUAGGAGUGAGCUUGUAGCUCUGGCUGAGGCAUUGGAAGCAAUUGAUGCACCAUUUCUUUGGUCUCUUAGAGACAAUUUUAAAGACUUAUUGCCGUCUGGUUUUGUUGGAGGGGCAAACAAGCAUAGGAAAGUUGUGUCAUGGGCACCUCAGGCGCAAGUGUUAGGACAUAGCUCAAUAGGUGUGUUUGUGACUCACUGUGGGUGCAAUUCUGUGUAUGAAAGCAUUUCGAAUGGGAUCCCAAUGAUCUGCAGGCCAUUGUUUGGAGAUCACAGAAUGACUGCGCGGAUGGUUGAGGAACUGUGGGGUGUUGGAGAAAAAGUGGAGGGCGGAGUAUUCACAAAGAGUGGAGUGAUCAAAAGCUUCGAGCGGAUUUUGAAAAAUGAAGAAGGGAAGAAGAUGAGGGAGAAGGCCAGAGCCCUCAAGGAGAUUGUAGGAGUGGCUGCUGGGCCUUCUGGAAGCGCUCUUCAAGAUUUUCGAACUUUGGUGGAUGUAAUUUCUUUGUUUUAAGGCAGGCUUAAUUAGCAUAUAUAUAGUUGACUAUGUGACUAGCUAGUCUAAAAAAUCAUAGGGAAAAAUAAGGGUCCGUUCACUUGGAAACGCUUAGCGAAUUGCAAUCUUACAGUUGAUGCUAAAAUUUAUUAAGGUUCUGAUUCCACAAUAUUUUCUGAACAUGUAAAACAACGUGUUACAGUAACAUCUCCAUAUCAAGUUAAUAUACUUAUUACUAAAAGUUGGAUUUAUAAGCAUACAUAAAAGGAACUAAAGGUCAUGGAGGCCAAC